AUUCACAGCUUGAUGUGCCCUAGUCUAGGACAGCUUUUGCCAGAAGGCAAUGGGAUCUCUGGCCCCACAAUGCUGGAAAAUCCAGCCUGGUGCCACACUGGACACAAAUGUGGUCUUAGUAUCUAGGGAUAUACUCUCAUAUAGUCCUGGCCAUCUGCUGGAAAUCAGUGGGAAUCAGUGAAGAAUUUCUUUUCACAUUCUACCCCAUCAGAGGCUGCUAAGUUAAGAAGAGCUAAAUCCGGUGUGUUUGAUAUGGAUUUGGAGAACCAGACACGGGUCACCGAGUUCAUCCUGGUAGGAUUUCCUGGGAGUUUGAGCAUGCGAGCAGCCGUGUUCCUGAUGUUUCUUGUGGCCUAUAUUCUGACCGUAGCUGAAAAUGUAAUCAUCAUCCUACUGGUGCAGCAGAACCGGCCACUGCACAAGCCUAUGUACUUCUUCCUGGCCAACCUGUCUUUUUUGGAGACCUGGUACAUCUCUGUGACUGUGCCCAAGCUGCUGUUCAGCUUCUGGUCCAUAAGUAACAGCAUCUCCUUCACCCACUGUAUGAUACAGCUUUACUUCUUCAUUGCACUUAUGUGUACGGAAUGUGUUCUCCUGGCUGCCAUGGCCUAUGACCGUUAUGUGGCCAUCUGCCGCCCACUGCACUACCCCACCAUCAUGAGCCAUGGGCUCUGUUUCCGCCUGGCUCUUGGUUCCUGGGUCAUCGGCUUUGGCAUCUCUUUGGCAAAGAUCUACUUCAUCUCUCGCCUCAGCUUCUGUGGUCCCAAUGUCAUCAACCACUUCUUCUGUGACAUCUCUCCAGUACUUAAUCUCUCCUGCACAGACAUGUCUAUUGCCGAGUUGGUGGACUUUGUCUUGGCUCUGGUCAUCUUCCUCUUCCCACUGUCAAUCACUGCUUUAUCGUAUGGGUGCAUUCUGGCCACUGUGCUACGCAUGCCAACAGGAAAGCAGAAAGCCCUUUCCACCUGUGCUUCCCACUUUGUGGUGGUCACCAUCUUCUACUCUGCCACGAUUUUCAUGUACGCCCGACCCCGAGCUAUUCACGCCUUCAACAUGAACAAAGUCAUUUCCAUCUUCUAUGCCAUUGUCACUCCAGCCCUCAAUCCUUUCAUUUACUGCCUCAGGAAUCGGGAGGUCAAAGAAGCUCUGAAGAAACUGAUCUAUUGCCAGGCUGUUAGAUCUGACUAGUCUGUUCUGACUGGUUGGAAAGAAAAGACUGUCUUCUCUGUUUUCCUUUCUCUUUCAAUGCCCCAGCUCAAGAUGGAAGAUGUUAAUAUGAUGUCACUGUGUACACACCAGUCUUGGGCAUCUGUAUGUAUUUAUGCAUGAGAACUGUGCUCUUAGGACAUACAAAUAUGUAGGUAUCUAUUAAAAAUAAUAAUUCUCUUUGACUCUAAUCCAACAUGGAGUUUAUAAGGUUGUAGAUAAUUAAGCUAAAUAAGGUGUGGUAUGGUAUCACGUGGCUUGGCCUGUUUUGAGUCCUGCAAGCUUGAACAGUUCUGAGGUUAAAAGAUUCUGUGGUAUCCUUGCUUCCCCACUUACAUGACUGGCAGAGGAAGCAGCUUCCUCAACAAUCCCAUUGUCUAUGUCCUUAGUGUCAGUGUUGGUGGCAGAGGCUAGGUGGCUGAUCCUCAGAUCCUUCCAAAACCUUUGUCUAGCACCGACUUACCCAUGUAAGUACCAUUCCUUGAGUAGUAACUCUCUGCAAGUGAAUGGAUUGUCCAUGAUACAAUCAUAUCUUGAAGUCUGAUACAACUUAUGUCAUUGCUUUUUCUUGAAGUUCAUAUUUCCCUCCAGAACAUUUGUUUACAUGCUCUGAUAGAUAAGUGUAGAUGAUUAAUAAAUCUUAAAUAUAUUCAGUGUGGGUCAAUUAGCCUUAUUAGUCCCCUUGUCUUCCAAACCCAGUAUCUUCUAAUUCAUCCUCUUUCCCUCUUUUCUAGCUUUUCCUUUUACCACUUGUACACAGAUACAAGUAACAACACAAUUUUAAUAAUUGACAUGGAUUUUCCUUUUGUAACAGAGUGAUAAUUAGCUCUCUUUACCUGACAUCCUACAUAAGGCCUUUUCCAUUAGCUCUACAGAAUGCUCGGUUUCACACUCUUGUCAGUGGCAACAUAAGUUCUACUGUAAGCUACAUUCACCAUAAUGGCUCUAGAGGUCAGAGUUUAAUUUUUCUUAUGAGUAAUUUUAAACAAGAAUACUCAUUAUAAUACUCAUUACUGCUGCAACUUUCACCUAAGUACAAAAAACACUUUGAAAGUAAGGAUAUUUAGUUGGGAUUAUCAUCUCAUUUUUACAAACAUUCAGAACAGAUAUUCAAGGAAGCAAAUAGUAUUUUCCCAAAAAUAUUGAAGAGCAAAGGUCAAAAGCCCAGGUCUCUUGGUUCUGAGCUCUGGGUCUUUCCUCUAGUGCCUGGGUCCCCCAAAGGAAAACAUACUUCUUCAGAGGCCAGGUGUGCAG